AUGGCAAGCGAAGAAGCUUUACUGGAAGCUGAAAUGGCUCGAGCAUGCAGAUCGGGCGACCUCGAAAUCAUCGACAGCGUUCUCGACAGGUCACAAAAAGGAAGAGAGAAUCUGUACCUGAUGACGGGCUUCUAUCACGCAAUCAUUGGAAAGCAAAUCGAGAUCAUCAAAUAUCUUUCCGAACGAGGCGCUUUCGUAGACAAGGGCGGAAACGGACGACAAGGCUUCCUGGCCAUCAACACGACCUCCCUCAAGCUUCUGAACACACUGUACGACCUGGGUUGGCGGCCGAACACCGUCUCGCUGAUCUACGCAGUCCACCACACCGACGACGACGACGUUCUACGCUGGUUACUCGACCGCGGAGCACAGCCCAACUCCUGGGGCGGCGGACUGGCCAUGCAAGGCGCUGUGUUGGCAAACCGAUUCGAAGCUGUGGAUAUGUUACUUGCGCAUGGGGCCACCUUCGGCAAAGCUCUUCACAUGGCCGCUCAGCGCCCUGAAUGCUUCGAGAUGGUGAAGUUUCUGGUCAGCAGAGGCGCCGACGUCAACAGCGAUGGCUCUCUGGGCACGCCGCUCACCUUCGCUUGUUCGACCGCGAAUUUGGAGGCGGCGAGCUGGCUUUUGGAGCACGGCGCCGUCACGUCUUCGGUCACGUCUUCGAACAAGUUUGGGAGGGAACUGCACUUGGCUGAAGCAAGGCUGCGUUCCGCUAAAGAGCUCGACGCUGGUGAAGGAUCCGAUGAGGUGCCUACACGAGACGAGCAAGCGGUUUCUGGUUUCUAG